CAUUGCUAUUAAUACAUAACAUCUGCUCUAAGAUGUCCAACUUAAGAUGGCUUACCAAACGAUCUUUCAGAUGACGGGGGAAGGAAAGCUUCGCCCUGAUCCACUGUCGACUGAGUGGUUUCUCAGCCUUCCGGCCCUCCCGGGGCUGUGCCGGUGGAACCGUUUUCUUUCUUGCUCUUCUCUCUCUCUCGUUCUCGUUUUCGCCAUUUUUUUUUCUCUCCAGCUACUCGUAUUCGUUCUUCUUUUGCUCUUUUUUUUCCUUUUUUUUUUUCUCUCUCUUCGCUUUUACAUCAUCUUCCGAACUGCUAGGUUAUUUUCUCCUCCAAUUCAGAUUUACCCCCCUAUCUUCCGAUCUCAGUUACUCCUCCGUUCCUCUCCUUGCUGCUUCUUAUUGAUUCUAUCCCUCUAUCGUUAAUCAAUAAACUAGCGAUGGCUCCACCUCCGACGGCUCCGUAGUUCUACUUUAGCUUCACCUUUUCCUCCUCGCCCCUCCCAUCAUCAUCCACUUUCACAUGGAGCCUCUGUUGACUUGCCU